ACCACCACCACCACAGCAGCCGCAGCACGAGCGGGGCCAGCGGGACGAGCAGAGGGAGCAGCUUGAGGGCCCCAGAGUGAUGAAGGCGUCUGGCCUCGGGAGGGACCUGGCGUCCGAGGAAGACUUCCUGGACUUGGUGGAACACUUCGAGGCCAAGCUGAGGGUGGGUCGCGGCUCCCGUCGCAACCGCUGUGCCGGCAGCGUUGCGCUGGUGGAUCUGCGAAAGGGCGGACCCAUGGGUCUGAAGCGGGAGCUGCGGUCGACCGGCCGCCACACGGAGGCCUACCAGCUGCUGCGGCAGCAAGUAGAGCGGCUGGAGCGUAAGGAGCGCAAGGCCCUGUUGUGCCACGAACGGGGUCGCAGGGAAAGCCACAGGUGCUUCCGGGGCAGCAAGAAUGCCGCCGACGUGGGGGAGCUUUGGCCGUACAAGUAGGAGCUGAGGCGAGAGAUGGCGAUGUGUGCUGCUGCUGCUGCUAGCUGGUCUAUUAAGUGUAUGUGCAGCGCUCAGCCGAUGUAUCUGCUGUAGUAUGCAGUGUGCACCGCCUGUAAUAUAAUCACAGUCCUUGUUGAUAGUGUCUGGGCUGAAGUAUACCUGGAGCUGAUUUUCAGGUGCUUCGCUUGUUGUUGAUAUUGUAUAAUUAAGGAUGUACAGUAAUUUGAGCUGGCUGGCUGGAGGCGGGUUUGCGAAGGGUAUACGAAUUUUUUCUUUUUCCCCAAAGUCCCACAUGCCGUCUACGUGUUGCGAUGAAGCAUGCUAAGGGUGGUUGACUGGCAAUAAUAUGGCUUUGUCGAGGCGACGAUGUCCCGCUUGGCUAUACAUGGUCCACAUUUCCCCUCUCACACGCCUCUAGGGUUGCCUAUCCCUCUUUAGUAACUGUCCUGUUUCACGGGCGUAGCAAGCUAUGCUAAACGGCUCCCUCGAGCAGGAUGUAAUGCAGGAAAGGCGGGGGGCCGUAAACUAUUGACGUGCCGUGCCCUUUCGCGCACACACGUGACGCUAAAAUGCCGCGACAGGCUCCUGUACACGUUGUGGUUGGUUUCUUGGUAGGCUUUCGCUUUCGAGUAGAAGAGCCCUCUAGCCCUCCUGCGCGCUCGCAUGAGCAGGUCAGCUCGGCAUGGGCCCUUGGACCUCUGGAUCAUGUUAUUCGUACACAUCUUAAAACACACACACACAUACGUAUAUAUACACCCAGACCAUAAUGACGACACACACACACAUGUAAACAUGCCGCUCAG